AUGCAAGCUACUCCUGGACCUAUCGUCAAAGCUACUCCCAAACAAACCAAUGUGGAAAGGACUCUUGAAUUAAACAUCGGACCUUCUUCCGAACCAAAUGUCAACUUUUCUGUCUUCGAGAAUUCACAACUUGAGGAACUCCUGCAAAUGGUUGGAGUGGAUGGUCGUAUGCUGGAAAGGACAGCCCUUCUUGAACAGUGCACGAGUUAUCAGGAGCUCAUCAUCAUUCCAGAUCAUUUUGGGAGGAAUGUCACCCAAAAUAACCAUCUGGAUAUGACCACUUCGGAAUUUACGUUGCAAGUCCCUUUAGGCGCGGCCCACGCUUUGGUUCAGUAUCCCCCAUCUAUAAGCGACAGAACUACAACUCAGGUAGUUCAGAGCUCGAUCGAGAACUUAGGAGUUCCAGAAAUCUCUCACACAAAUCUGCGACGAAGUGAAGAAGCCACCGUCUUGCCCGAGAUUCAAAAGGUUCAAAAGAAACAUAAUAGGUCAAAAGUGUUUAAAACCCCAAAAACUCGAGGAAGAAAGACUAGCAUUCAAGGCAGUGAAGCAGCCCUAGAAAGCGCGGAAGGCUGUACAUCUGGUGUUGGAGCGGUGGCGCAAGAAAACAUGGUUCCGAAUACAACUCAAAUCGAAAGACGUAGGACUUCUAGGAAGUCGACUAAUGCUAUUGAAUCUGUGAGUACUUCAACUCACACUCCGUCGAUCCAAGUGUCCUCACAAGGUUCUAAGUUGAAACUAUCGUCAAACGCUUCCACGUCCAAGCAUUCUUCAGAGCCGGGUAAAGCUUUACAUGCGGUUCAAGAUGAUCAUGCUAUUAAACCGCUGGAUAACUCUUCGGCUCAUACAGAAUCACUCAAAGGGAAGGAAGUUGAAAGGGAUGUGAAUGUAGGUUUCGACACUGAUAGCCCAACACCAAGCUUGACCAAACACAGUAGGUUAACACGUACUCGAGCGUCACUACAAGCCACCCAGAAAGGAGAAAAUUGUGCUCCCGCUAGUUCGGGAAGUCCUGGUCCAUCAAGCUUACCUCAAGAAUCACAUCCAGAAUCUGACAACCCCUCUACAUCAACACACACUAAAUCAAAUCCUUCCUAUCCAAGCUUAGAACACCGACGAUUUACACAUGCGCGCCCACCACCCACUAUACGCCCAUCACCUCCGCCACAGAGAAUCCUCUCGGACAGUGAUUGGGAGCCUGAAGCUGACGAAUCUGUCCGAGCUUCCAAGAAAAAAUCAAAGACUCAAAAAACACAAACACAUUCCGCAAAUCCUUAUGGCUCGUCGAACAAACCUCCCUCCCGUUCAGUUUCCCCUCAACUGCCUUCAAUAGACGCCUGGACUAUCUCAGAUCUACGCCAGAAAGUUGCGAAAGAUUCAAAAUUAAUCAAACACCUUCAGGACGAAACACGUCAAUUAACGGACAAGGUCGAUAGUUUGACCAACGACUUUAGACAUUUAUCGAAAACAGUGAGUAGUAUGAAAAAAGACGAAGUUCAGUCUAAGAAAAAGACUCGUGGGGGUCGACUUGCAGUAAGUUGA